AUGGGACACCUUAUCACACUGGCAACUUCCCUGAACCAGUGGGCUUUGGAUUUCCAGGGAAACUACGAACGUAUUAUCGAAAGUAUUGCGAUAGCGAAGCAGCGGGGAGCGGCGAUGAGAGUGGGUCCCGAACUAGAGAUCCCCGGGUAUGGAUGCUACGAUCAUUUCCUUGAGGGUGACACUGUCCUACACUCCUGGGAAGUUCUCGCCAAAAUUCUUGCGGGUGAAGACACAAUGAAUAUCCUUUGUGAUCUCGGAAUGCCGGUCGUACACAAGAACGUAAUCUACAACUGUCGCAUUAUCGUCCACAACAAGCAAAUCCUCCUCAUCCGUCCUAAGAUGUGGCUUGCUAACGAUGGUAACUACCGCGAGAUGAGGUACUUCACCCCUUGGAUGAAGCAUCGCCAGUGGGAGGAUCAUUUUCUACCGAGGAUCGUUCAAGCUGUCACAAAGCAGACGAAGGUUCCGUUUGGAGACUGCGUGAUUAGCACAGUCGAUACGUGCAUAGGUGUAGAACUCUGCGAAGAGCUAUUCACACCGUCUAGCCCGCAUAUCUUGAUGGGGCUUGAUGGCGUUGAGAUCUUUACCAAUUCCAGCGGAAGUCACCACGAGCUGCGCAAGCUGUAUACUCGUGUUGAACUUAUCAAAGAGGCUACUUUGAAGCUCGGCGGUGUGUACCUCUAUGCCAAUCAGCAAGGGUGUGACGGGGACAGACUGUAUUAUGACGGAUGUGCAAUGAUUGCAAUGAACGGUCACAUCGUCGCGCAGGGAUCCCAGUUUUCCUUGAAUGAUGUCGAGGUCGUCACAGCAACUAUUGACAUAGAGGAUGUGCGUUCUCACAGAACGUCACGAAGCAGAGCACUACAAGCUGCCACCACGGAAGGAUACCAUCGGAUCGAAGUCCCGUUUGCUUUAUCUGGAGGUAAAUUCGGCGAACUAGGUGGUGAACGAACACCUGGUUUGAGGCAGGGUCUUCAUGAGGCGAGAUUCCACAAACCUGAGGAAGAGAUCGCACUCGGACCGGCUUGUUGGCUGUGGGACUACCUCCGUCGCUCCCGAACUCAAGGGUACUUUGUCCCACUGAGCGGAGGCGUUGACAGCUGCGCAACGGCGGUCAUAGUGUAUUCUAUGUGCCGUCUAGUCGCUGACGCCGCUCGCAGAGCAGAGAAACAAGUCAUUGCAGAUGCUAGACGCAUAGUCGGAGAGCCCGAGGACUCUGGCUACAUACCAUCAGAUCCUCAGGAGUUCUGCGGCCGGAUUUUCCACACAUGCUACAUGGGAACGGAGAACUCGAGCGCAGAGACGAGGAAAAGAGCCAAAGACCUCGCACUUGCGAUUGGCAGUUAUCACGUCGACCUCAAUAUGGAUUCUGUCGUUACCUCUGUCGUGGACCUGUUUGCAUUUGUUACCGGUGCGAAACCACGCUUCAAGGCCCAUGGGGGCACGGGAGCUGAGAACUUGGCUCUGCAGAACAUUCAGGCUAGACUCCGUAUGGUGAUAUCGUAUCUGUUUGCUCAGCUUCUGCCUUGGGUUCGAGGAGGGCAGGGCGGCUUACUUGUUCUUGGGAGCGCAAAUGUCGACGAGAGUCUCCGUGGUUAUUUGACUAAAUACGACUGCUCUUCUGCUGACAUCAACCCAAUCGGUGGGAUCAGUAAGACCGACUUGAAGAAGUUCAUAGCUUACGCCGAGGAUGCCUUUGAUUUGCCUAUCCUAAGAAGCUUCCUCGAUGCGAUUCCAACGGCAGAGUUGGAGCCAAUAUCGGAAACAUACGUUCAAGCAGACGAAGUGGAUAUGGGGAUGACGUAUGAUGAGCUUUCCGUAUUCGGCCGGCUUCGCAAAGUAGAGAAGUGCGGCCCCUACAGUAUGUUUACCAAACUGGUACACGAAUGGGGCGCGAUCCUAUCUCCAGUUGAGAUUGCGGGCAAAGUGAAGCACUUCUUCUUUGAGCAUGCUCGGAACAGGCACAAAAUGACCACUUUGACCCCGGCGUAUCAUGCAGAAUCAUACAGUCCUGACGACAACAGGUUUGACCUUCGCCCAUUCCUUUACCCAUCGAGGUUUCCUUGGCAAUUUAGGAAGAUAGACCAAGUUGCUGCGGCAUUGCCUGAUAGAUCAAAUCUUGGUCCAGAGAAAGCCAAGACGGACUGAUGUACCGCUGAAACGUCGGGGGCUUAUACCAGAAUAAAUGACAUGCUAUAGAAGAUAGAAUGGGUAUGUAAGGAGUACUAUAAUGGUACUUAGUGGACGAAGGCAUGAAAAGGAUACCGGUCCCUCAGUAGAUCGCUACUUCCUGAUCAGCGUGAUCGUUUUCACCCUCCAGAAAUCCCGUCUCUUUCAUUGGCUUUGCGAAGGCGAAUUCACCAGUCGUGCACAUCUUUGUCGGCAGGCGCAAAGGCUGACCCGCCACUUCGCUAAACUUUCCCAGUAUUAUAACGGCGUUA